AUGGCAGACAAGAUCGACCUAACUGAGGUAACUACUCCCAAGGAGCUCAGUGACGAGCAAUGUACAGCUGUGUUGGAGCGUCUCACCCGCAAGCUCGCGGGCUUCCGGAAUCAGGCAGAGAUGUACGCUACAGCAGAGUCCUGGGCGGUCCACAACACCGACUCGUCUCAGACUCAAAGAGACUUCGUGUUCGCCUUAGAUGCCUGGUCUCAGGAUACGCUCAAGAACGUCUGGCUCGCCUGUCGCGAACCUGGCAAAGGUCAAGACCCUCCCCAGUUGGACCCCUACUCCGACACGUCAACGGCCGGCCUCCCACCACUCCCACCCUCAGAACAGCUCGUGCCUCUCUUGAACACCGUGCUCCUCCUGCACGUCACCGCCGACAAAGAGUACUCGAGCCGUACUCGCACCUUCCUCUUCUCCAUCGCCCCGGUCGACGAGAAGUCCGUGGCGAGGACGCUCAAGAAUCCCACAAGGGCGAUCGAGGAGGCGGAGAAGAAGACCAACGCUGCGCGCGAGGAGCAUUCCCGCAGGAGCAGGAUUAUGCGAUACGCCGGCAUCGGUGCUGGAGCUAUCGCAGGAGGCACCAUCAUCGGCCUAACAGGCGGCCUCGCUGCCCCAGCCAUCGGCGCAGGAGUCAGCUCGAUCCUUGGUUGGAUGGGUGUCGGCGGUACUGCCGUGGGGCUGCUCGCGACGGGUCUCGCUGGCUCCUCCGUCGUCUGCGGGGCGGUGUUUGGGGCCUAUGGAUCGAAGGAGUCAGCAAGAGUCAUCAGCCAGUAUACGAGGGACGUGCAAGACCUCGCUAUCAAACCCGUACACGAACCCAGAGAAACAAUGGCCGCUCGCCUAUGUGUCACUGGCUGGCUCGACAAUACAGAGGAUGUAACGGCGCCAUGGACUGUAUUCAAGGGGGAUGACACUUUUGCAUUGCAAUGGGAAGUAGAAGCCCUGGAGAAGCUCUCUAAGGCUCUCUACGACCUCAUGAAGACGCAAGCAUUACAGUACAUCAAGGGACAGAUCAUCAGGCGAACCGUCCUCGCCGGCCUUUGGAGCGCGCUCUCCCCCACAGCCUGGACCAAAGCCGCUAAGAUCAUAGACAACCCUUGGGUGACAGCCAGGAACCUCGCUGAGCGCACCGGCAAAGUCCUCGGGGACCUCCUCGCCCAACGCGUCAUCGGGAGCCGCCCCAUAACCCUCGUCGGGUACUCCUUGGGCUCCCUCGUCAUCUUCGAAGCGCUACAGUACCUCGCCUCUCUGCCUCCGGCGCAGACACUCGGCCUGAUUAAAGACGUCUACCUCUUCGGCAGCCCGAUCUCGACCAGCGCCGCGCAGUGGGCUGCAGUGCGCCGUGUCGUUUCCGGCCGGCUAGUCAACGGCUACGGCAAGAACGACUACGUGCUCGCGGUGCUCGCGAGGGCGUCGGGGAUGAGCUGGCACGUCGCCGGGCUUACGCCGGUGGAGCUGCAGGGCGUGGAGAACGUCGCCUGCGACGAGGUGGACGGGCACCUCAAGUGGCGAGGGAUGAUCGGACAGUGUCUCGCGAAGUGCAGCGCAUAUGGCGUCGAUCAGGAAGAGGUCAAGAAGCAGCUCGAGGACAAGGCUGCGAAGAUAAGCAAAGAGACGGACAUGGACGAGAAGGAGGCGACAGAGGCGGUCCAGGCGGGACCUGGGACGGAUUUAGAAUCCGGGGAAGACAACUCGAAGCCGUCGGCGUCGGCGUCCGUGUAA